GAUUUUUGUUCUGAUUAAAUAGAUUUAGUUUUUAGUUCAGAUGAAGGGUAUGUACCUGGUAUCGACCACGGGUGACGGUGAGGGAGUAUUAUUAACACUGUUUGGAAAUGUGUAAACUGGUUGUGACGUCUCCAGCACCACUCUUAAUGACGUGCCAUUAAUUUGUUCUGAUUGGGAUAUUAAGUACAUUUUUUACAAUGAAGUGUUCUGUAUGAUGCCAGAAUUUGGAUGAAGUCGAAAUGAGCGAACCGCCGGAAACUGAUCUCGAUUAUUACUCCAGGCCUGAAAACUAUACCGGCAGUAGCCUACGGUCACUACAGAAGUUCACUUUUGCAAAACAGAAGCAGGACAAGGCUUUAACAGAGCAACACAAAAAGACCAAGAAGAAGAAGAAUGGAUUCGAUCUUUUCGCUCGGUACAAGCAUAUACUGAAAGGAUACGUGUCAGACGAGGAUGAGAAGGAAGACGAAAAUGAAUGGACAGAAGAUACGAGGGAAGAUUCUCCUGAGAAAUUAAAGUUUGAAGAUAUAAAGGAAGACAAUGAAGAUACGAAAGAAAAAUAUGAAGGCAAAACGGAUAAUCAAGAGAAAGUUGAUCAAACUGUGUUAUAUACAGAGGAAAAUUCUCCUAAUUCCUGGACCGAGUCGUGUGGGCAUGUUGUUGAUGCCACAAGUCCUGUUUCCCACGCAUCGCCCCGUGAAAGUAUCACGAGUACCUCGCCCGUUCCCCCCAGACCUAGGGGACAAUCAGACGUACCUGCUGUACGAUCGUCUAUAUCCCUGCGUUUCGCUAAGCAGCAGCAGAUCAACAACGAACUACGCUCAAGAACACUCCGCGAAAAAUUUCGUAAAGCUAUAUUCUGGGUGAAGAUUGCUCUUAAAUUCUCAAGUUCAGCAUCUGCAAGCGAUCCAAGCGAAGGUAUGAAGACGUUUAUGGACAUAUCGAGUGAGGUGGCAUCUUCAACCCUCAAGAAUUCAGGGCUGUCUUUUGAUCCCAACUAUUUCAAAGCAAAUAAGGAGAUUAAUCUCAGCUCAGAGGUUAAAGGAAUCCUUAGUUUGCCAUCGGAGCAAAGAACACCUGAACAAGUUCAAACGGCAAUGUAUGGCCUGCAAAUAAUGCGAUCCUUUACCGAAUAUCCGCUCCAUAUGCAGGAAAAGCUAGCCAAAGUAGCCUAUUUUGAAGUAGUACCACCUAAACGAAUCAUCAUCAGACAAGGACAUUUUGCAGAAAAUUUCUAUUUCAUUAUAUCUGGUCAAGCUGUCGUCACGCUUUUGCUUAGAGAUCCGAAAACUGGGGCAUCUUUAGUGAAAACUGCCACGAUCAUGAGGAGAGGAAUGAGCUUUGGUGAAUUGGCUCUGCUUCACCGCUCCCGCCGGACGGCGACCGUCACUAGUCAAGGCGAGGUCCAGUUACUGACCGUGGGGAGGGUGGAUUUCUUCGACAUCUUCAUGAGUGGCACAGGUCCUGACCAAAUUCCGGACCAUAUCAAGUUCAUUAGCACGUGCGACUUUAUGAAAGACUGGCCUUUAGAAGAAUUGUUAGAGCACCCUGAAUAUUGUCUGUUACAUUUCUUCAAGAGAAAUGUGGUUAUAGUAAGAGACAGUACAGACUCAGAAUGGUUGUAUGUUGUCAAAUCGGGUUUCUGUCAAGUUCUCAAGAAGCUGGAAGGUGUCACUCCUCAAAUUGGUUGGAAAGAGAAGCCCACUCAAAGUAAAAUUGACCUACCAGAAUUGGAAUCUCUGUUACCAGGUCCUAAAGUUGAUACCUGGCGAAGAAAGAGAAGAAAAGUGAAAUCUGCUGGUGAAAGACAGGAAAACCAGGAAAACCUGGAACCUGUUCCGAUGCCACAACCAAUUGCCGGCCCCUCAAUUAAAAAGUUCUCCAAAGCUGAAUACUCACGAAACCCCAUCACUCAAAAAGCGCAUCUGUUUCCCUUAGAAAUGUCAAAAAAUGACACAAGGAAAAAAUACGAAAUACCAAACAAAUGUAAACCUCCAAAACCGAGGGACUCCCCAAAGGACUCGUCCCCAUGCAAGCCCCCACCAGUGUUCGUCCAAGUGGAGGGUCUCAAUCCAAAGGAUGUCUUCGGAUUGGACACAAUACGGUUUGAAGACUCCAUCGAAAAUCCUCAGACUGUUGUCACUCUGGUAUCAAGAGGAGCGGAAUGUAUUAUGCUGAAGAAGGAAUUCUUUGUUAAACAUGCCAACGAAAAAGUGAAGAAAUUAAUACGCCAUCAAGUCCGUCCAUAUCCGGCUGAGCACACCUUCCAAAACAAUCUACAGAUAAAGGAGAACUGGGAGUUGUAUAAGAGGAACCUUAUUGAUGACCUCACAAGCUGAUGAAUAUCGUCAUUAGACUUUUACAUCAUACUAUAAGUAUUUACCAGUGCAUUGUUUUGUUAGUUAUGCUUUAAUUUAUAUGUUGCCAAAGCUAUUUAGCUGUGAUAUCAGAUUUUGUUAAUAGCAUCCAAUGCAGUUUUUGAGUACUGGAAAAAACAUUGAAGAAUAAACCUGUUUUUCUUUGCAGAUGUCAAUAAACUGAAGUUAAAACGGGUGA